CCAAAUACAUUUCUGAACUCACCGGAGCAAGGGGUAGCACGGUUUUGGAACAGCUCGGCUGGACAUCCGCUUAAAGUUGUUUUGUUUGAUUGUAGAGUUAGUAAAGUUUUAGCAAGAAUCAUUGUUAUACAUUGCGCACAGUCUUCAGGCUUUGAUCAUAUCGAAAUCUACCAAGAAAGUUAGCUUUUUCAAGAACCGCAGCCGUUUGUUUGUAGAAGACACAACCACCGCACAAAAUGUUUGAGGCACGACUUGUUCAAGGCUCAAUCCUGAAGAAGGUUUUGGAGGCUCUGAAAGACCUGAUCACAGAAGCUUGUUGGGAUGUCAGCUCCUCUGGCAUUUCACUACAAAGUAUGGACUCUUCACACGUCUCCCUUGUGCAACUGACUCUGCGUAGUGAUGGGUUCGACUCCUACCGCUGUGACCGCAAUCUUGCAAUGGGGGUUAAUUUGAGCAGUAUGUCCAAAAUCCUUAAGUGUGCGGGGAAUGAGGACAUUAUCACACUUCGCGCCGAGGACAAUGCCGACGCCCUUGCUCUGGUCUUUGAGACGCUCAAUCAGGAGAAAGUGUCGGACUAUGAGAUGAAACUGAUGGACUUGGACGUGGAGCAGCUUGGGAUCCCAGAGCAGGAGUACAGCUGUGUUGUGAAGAUGCCCUCCGGCGAGUUCGCUCGCAUCUGCCGCGACCUGUCACAGAUCGGCGACGCUGUCAUGAUCUCCUGCGCCAAGGAUGGCGUCAAGUUCUCGGCCACCGGAGAGCUCGGCACCGGCAACGUCAAGCUGUCCCAGACCAGCAGCGUGGACAAAGAGGAGGAGGCGGUGACCAUUGAGAUGAACGAGCCGGUCCAGCUCAUCUUCGCCCUCAACUACCUGAACUUCUUCACCAAGGCCACGCCCCUGUCCAAGACCGUCACCCUCAGCAUGUCUGCGGACAUCCCCCUGGUGGUGGAGUACAAGAUUGCAGACAUGGGCCACGUCAAAUACUACCUGGCCCCCAAGAUUGACGAGGAGUCGUCCUAAUUGUCCGGAAGGACGACUAAAAUGACCUCUUAUCACGUUCUGAUUCCACAAUGCAUUGCUUAUCUAGUUACCUUGGGGGAAAAUGAAUUCAAGCCAAACAAUGUUAAAAAGAAAAUGCGUUUCUGUUCAAGAUCUAAUAAUGGUAAUAUGCUGAUGCUAGCACUUUCAAUAGGACCAUCUAUUUUCACAUAAGGUGAAGACUGGGUUGUGUUUUUACCGUGUGUGUGAUUUGGACCUGAAUCUCGAUGUGAUGUGUCUCAUUUUAACCCAAGCGGUGACCAGUAAGAGAUUGAUUUUGUAGAGUCUGGUCCCCCCCCACCCCCCACCCACACACACUUCCUGGUUACGGUCUCCCCUAUUGGCCAGCGUCCACUGCGCUGUGUAGAUACUUCACUCUGUAAAUACUGAUUGGGCCCUGUUGGUUAUCCUUUAAUAAACCUUUUGUACUC